AAGUCUCAGUGUUUUGAUUAGUGCUGCGGAAGGAGCCGUCGUUGUCUGUGUAGGCGAUUUCUUUUAGCCGAACCAACGCCGAUUUUAACGUCAAAUGUAAUUUUGUCACAYAAGGCCACCAUGGAAUUCAGACCGAGGCGCUUUCGAGGCGUCAAACCGUCCAAGGGGCUCCUUCUGCUGCCUUUCCUGGUGUCGGUCCUGCUCGUCGGCAGCCUGGGCGAAGAAGGCGGCGGCGACAGCAGCAGCGGCGGGCUGGAUAAGGUUACGGAGAGGAUGGCUGAGGAAAGCCACCGACAGGACAGCGCCUACCUGCUCAUAUUCAUCAUGCUUCUAACGCUCACUAUUCUCACAAUAUGGCUCUUCAAGCACCGGAGGUUUCGGUUCCUCCAUGAGACGGGUCUCGCCAUGAUAUACGUGACCGUAUUGGCUAUCUUCAAUGAGCUAAAAGUAGAUGUUGACCUGUACGCAUUACUGUUUGGGGAGAGCGUUCUGAAUGAUGCUGUGGCCAUYGUCCUCUCCUCCUCCAUCGUGGCGUAUCAGCCUGCAGGGGACAACAGCCACAGCUUUGAGGCCAUGGCCGUGCUGAAAUCCUUCGGCGUCUUUCUGGGCGUCUUCAGUGGGUCUUUUGCUCUUGGGGUGGUUACCGGAGUCUUGACUGCCCUCGUGACCAAGUUUACCAAGCUGAGGGACUUCCCUUUGCUGGAGACGGCUCUCUUCUUCCUGAUGUCCUGGAGCACGUUUCUGCUGGCCGAGGCCUGCGGCUUCACAGGUGUGGUAGCAGUGCUGUUCUGUGGGAUCACUCAGGCCCAUUACACCUACAACAAUCUGUCUCCUGAAUCCCAGGACCGGACCAAACAGUUGUUUGAGCUGCUGAACUUCCUGGCAGAGAACUUCAUCUUCUCCUACAUGGGUCUGACUCUCUUCUCCUUCCAGUCACAUGUCUUCAACCCGCUGUUCAUCAUUGGUGCUUUUGUGGCGGUGUUUCUUGGCAGAGCUGCAAAYAUCUACCCCUUGUCCUUUCUUCUCAACCUGGGCCGCAGAAACAAGAUCGGAUCAAACUUUCAACACGUCAUGAUGUUUGCAGGUCUGCGAGGGGCAAUGACCUUUGCCCUGUCCAUCCGGGACACAGCUACUUACGCACGUCAAAUGAUGUUUACAACCACCCUCCUGAUUGUUUUCUUCACCGUGUGGAUCUGUGGAGGUGGCACCACUCCCAUGCUGUCUUUCAUGAGCAUACCAGUGGGUGUGGACUCUGAUCAAGAAAACUUUAGUUCUGCUGUGUUGGAUGGGUCACAGAGGAGAAGCACCAAACAAGAAAGCGCCUGGCCCUUCAGAAUUUGGUACAACUUUGACCACAACUACCUGAAACCACUCCUGACCCACAGUGGUCCUCCUCUCACUGCUACUCUGCCAGCUUGUUGUGGACCACUGGCACGGUGUCUCACCAGUCCACAGGCUUAUGAGAAUGAAGAGCGGCUUCACGACGACACCGAGUUCAUUCUGAACGACGCCAGCGUGAGCUCCAUGUACGCCGACGUCACCGUCAGCACCGACGAGUCCGGCUCCCGCACCGUCAACCCCAAACGCCCCACAGCCAGCGCCGGGGGAGGCUCGUUCAAUGAGAGCCUGGGCCACGAGCUCAGCCUGGCCGAGCACGACGUGGCGAUCCGCGGCACGCGCCUCGUUCUGCCCAUGGACGACCCUGCGGAACCCCCCACCACCGUCACCCUCCCGCCUCCGCCCUCCCCACCCCGCUCUGAACCGCACAGGCACAGACUGUAGGGAUGUUUGCACCACUCAGAUGCGGUUUGUUGUUUCUGCUUCUAAAUUAAGAAAUGAUGUAAAUUUACCCGUAAAAGAAAAAAGAUUUAGUUUUCAAUCAAAUGAGAAACUACUUCUGUGGUCUGAGUGUUGUAAAAGUUUGGUGUUGGCUUGAUCACAACUUUGUCUAACUGUUUCAGCUUUUACAAACUUGAGCCAUGAUUGAACCAACUCAUUGUAGUUGAAUGUUUCUCUACACAACACUAAGUUUAGGUACUUUUAGUGGUAUUUAGAAACAUAAAAAGCCCAGGCGGCUACGAUUUGGAAACUAAAAUCUAUGUGGCUGUCAUAAGAGCUUUUUCAUUUGUACUGCUGUGGAUAGAAGCCAGUGUUCUCUAAAAGUCCACAUCUGUGAAGCAGCCUCUAGAAUUUAUGCAGUUGUCUUGUCAGUGGUGAAGUUUCUACUGAUGUUAGGUUGUGUUCCUCCAGCUUUCUCCAAGUUCUUCAAGCUGACAAGAUCCCCUUGUGGUGUUGCUCAUAAAACUGCUGAAGGCCAUCUACUUCUGCUGAGUUUGGGUGACUAAUCUCACCAACAAGUUCACAGGAAACGUUCGAUUCGACUCGAUCUUAAACUUAUUCUACUCUUUGUCCACAUUCAGAUCUUUUAAACUCAAAGUGUUUAUGAGCGAUCAGAGAAAAGGAACAUUUUUAGACCAUGUUGCGUUCACAGGAGUGAACAGAAGUCUCUGCACUGAUUCAUAUAUAAGUACAAGCACAGUCUGUCUCUUUGAUUUAUGAUCAGUUUUUCACUUCAAAAAUAAUUUAUUUAUAUAACAAUCAGUUUGAUUAAUUUAUUAUUAUUUAUUGUGUUGUACUGUGACUGCCAAGUGGUGAACACUCACUUUUACAAUCUUUUUAGUUUUAAAAAAGUUUUUUUUUAAACGGCAAUACCACUUUUCUUAAAGGUACAUUUUGCGGUGAGGACCUCUUGAAGGAGAUUGAUAUUUAUUCCAGAGGACAUCUCCUCUCUAUACUGUAGCRUGUUUUUACUUUAUGUUUGGCAACUAGAUCUUCCCUGUGUGUGUUUUUUUUCUUGUGUGUGAAGUGUCUGUGGCUCAACUGGCCAAAUCUGUUGUUAGUUUUCCAACAGAUUUGGGCYGAGACAAAAGGAAUCGAAUCAUAUUGUCCAUAGGGCUAAUGCUUCUGGGUUUCCUGCUUACAUAGGGUUUAAAAUUUAUUCUUAAAAGACAAAAAGUAACUGCCAUGUCUUUGAGGUUGUGAUAUCAAAGAUAAAGCAGGGCCGAAUGGACUGUUUUGAACUAAAGUGCCUAGUCAGGAACUCAAUGACAUCCUGCAGAUUUUUGAUUUGCUGAAGGUGCAGUAAGGUGAUUCUUUAUUAUUAUUUGAUGUAGCAUGUUUUUCCUUUUAAAUACUCCAUGUACAGUAUAUUUUAGCCACAACAUGCUCAUCGUUUUACUACUGAUGUAUCAAAUGAUGGAGCCUGWAAGACUUCAUACUAAAAUGUUGUAUAUUGAAUACAGAAAAUGACACUAUGUUGCCAGUCAUCAGCAUUCUCUUGAUAACUGGGCAUCUUUAGUUGAACUUGUGAUGAUUUUAAUUUAAUCGUGGAAAAAGGUACUGAUUUAGCCAGUUUUUACACUGAUGGCAUUGUGCACUUUUUAUUAAACCAAGCUUGUCUGUUCAGUUCUGACCUCUUUGGGAUAUCAGUUUAAUGGAAUCAUCUCCGUCUCUUCAUUCAGGUUUUGAUGUCAUUUUGUAGUUUUUUUUCAAUGUUUUGUUAACUAUGUUGAAGGCUAAUUCCAAAUGUUAAUUUUAAAAACAAAAAUGUUUAUUCAUUGCAUCACAGGUCUAAGUUUCUGCAGAUUCAUCAUCUCAGCUUCAGUCCUGGUUUAAAUCUACUUGAACCAUAAAUCCAUACUUUAAUGAGUAUUUGUGGGAAAUAACUUCUAAAACUGUCGAACUGUUUUUCAUGUUUCUGCUGUUUGUGGAAACUGUGCAAAGUCCAUGUUUGGUUGGCUGAUAUGUGAAGGUUUCUGGAUGGAUGGAACGACCCCAGAUGGGUUCUGAGGAGCGAAAACCUAAAGUUAUUAAUUGUGUGUUGUCACUUUGACAUCUUACAAGUGUACUACAAAAAAUAAAAAGACUAUUGUGACUUUUCAA